CUUCGAUACCCUGCCAGCCUGGUCUGCCUGGUCAGUCGUCGAUAACUGCGCAGACAAACACCGCUUCCCACCAUUCGCUAUCAGCGCCUCACACAGCCUGCUCAGGACGCUCGGUAUAACAAAAUGCGACGCCCCUAUGACCAAGAACAACCUUAGCCAAUGUCUUGCAUGGCUUCUGCAACAUCCACACUCUUUUGGUCCUUUAGAGCACAUAUCUGUUGCCGCCAACACCGCAGUUGCACAGUACGAUGAGCCAGCAAAUGAUGACAUGGCGAGAUUGCAGUUUGCACCACAAAUCCAGUCCCGGUCGAAAUUGCUUCUUCAACCGAACCACAACAAUGCACUGCCUACACCAGAACCCUCUCGAGCUUCCGAGGAACGUAAACCCAGUCCGAGCCGAACACGACCAAAAUUCGAGACCCCUUCUGCCCAUCUGCAAUCUCCUCGACCACGGACACCGGUGGGAACUUUCGAAAAGUCGAAGGAUAUCCUUGACAUUGACGAGAUCGAUCUAACUGGUGACAUUACGACUUCAUCGUUCGGAGAUUUUGGCCCACCUACUCGCUUGUGGAGGGAAAGCUCUGCUUCAAGGGUAGAGCCAGUGUCGAAGAAGAAAGGGAAGAAAAGAAAAAGUGACGAAUACCAGUCGGAUCUCUUCUCCCCUAGCUCGGCCCGCAGUACAAGUAAGCGUGUCAAUAAGGCCACGACAUACCGCUCUGCUGGGCCAUUUGAAGGCAGUCAAGGUCGAAUACUUGAGGAAUACCAGGACGAAGAAAGAGAUAGCCCGACACAGAAGCCCAGGAGAACGGACGUCAAUGAGGAAAUGAAAGAAGAAGAAGAGUUUCCUGAUGUUGGUUUUGAGGAGGACAUGGAGUUUUACGAUGCUGUUGACGCCGACAUCGAUCGAGAACUUAUGCGAACGCCUCUCGAGGACACCCAUACCCGCAGAGCGCGAAAGGUUGUGCCGGACUCAGAUGAAGAAGAUGUUGAUCUCGUAGGUAUUAAGAUCCAGUCGCAACGUCCAAUCAAGAACGAGUCAAUGGAGAACUAUCAGCAAGAUAUUGGUCUUUCUCCCAAGCGGUUCGAACCGACACAGCACAAACUGCAACUAUCUCAGCCGGACAACUUCCUGAAAGUUUCGCAAUCACCUUCAAGGACGGUACUGCCUACAACAAUCCAUCCGGGUCUUGCUGGAUCUUUUAGCCCGAAGCGUGAGACGACUUUCAAGAGUAGUGGGAGCAGCAUCGACCACAACAAAAAUCUGACCGAGGAUCAGCAACGCGUCGUUGACAGCUUCAUCAAAUCGGGGCUUGAGCGCUGUCAGGGUCUCUUGGAACGGCUGGAACAAUCUAAUCGUUCUGUGCGAAGUGCAAUAAUGGAUGCAAUUAUCUCGGGUGACGGUGCGUCUGAACAAAUGCAAUGGACCUUAAAGGACAUUCACAGCAAGAUCACAGCUACAACCCAAUUGCUGGAGGAGCACGGUCUUCUCAAGAAGCUUCUGGACAAGCAGAGUGAGCUAUCGAGGCAGCGUUACGAGCUUGAGGCAUCCAAACAGGAAAUCGACUUCACAGAUCCCACAAAUGCGUUUAUGCAAGUAUCCAACAACAUCAGAAGGACGAAGCUUGACAUCGACAGCCACCAAUCGACAGUGCUGAAGCUCUUGGAAAAUUCCGGGGUAGCUAUGACGAGCGAGCCAGCACCGUCGGCUUCGACCAACAACCCUCCUUUGUCUCCUUCGACAAGCUUGGCUAGCAAAAGUGUAUUGGUCGCUUCCACGCAGAAAGUACCUCAGCAUGUGUCACCACGCAGGAAAUAUGACGAUGCACAAGAUCUUGCGCACCUCUCAACGCAGUCUGUCAGACAGACGCCGGUCUCGCAACGAAUCACUCCCGUUGACAACAGCUUUGAGCCACAAAGUCACCGUUACGCUGCGCCACGAAGCUCGCCUCAGCGUGCAAGCGUCCCAGUCAAGCCAUUGCAGCGUCCUAUGUCCACAAGGACCAUCCCAAAUGUUCCCGAAUCACCACGUCGAUAUAAAAACACUUCUUAUGAAGACGACGACGCCUAUGAUAGGGGCUUCUCCAGGACCAUGGGUAGUCCUCCUGCAGACUUUGCGUUCAAUGAUGAUGACUUUGGGGACGAUUUUGACGAUGACGAAGAGAUGUACAAGGCUGCAGAAGAAUUUGAGCAAAAUCUGCCCAUGGUGCGAAGCACGCCACCUUCCUUGCGUGGUCGAAUGGCCCUUGGCGAGGUCAGCGAAAACAUCCGCAGAAGGUCCCCCCAAAAGCCGACAUCUAGAGGCGACGACUCACCUCAUGCCAGACUCAUGCAAUAUCCAUGGUCAAAGGAUGUGGCCUCAGCAUUGAAGAAGAGGUUCCAUCUCCAGGGUUUCCGCCACAAUCAGUUGGAAGCUAUCAAUGCAACUCUGAGCGGCAAAGAUGCCUUCGUGCUGAUGCCUACAGGCGGCGGAAAGUCUCUCUGCUAUCAAUUGCCAUCAAUUGUCCAAAGCGGUCACACCCGGGGCGUCACAGUAGUAGUGUCUCCGCUACUGAGUCUGAUGCAAGAUCAAGUAGACCACUUGAACAAGCUCCGAAUUCAAGCCGUCCUGCUCAAUGGCGAUAGCAGUAAGGAGGCUCGAAGUUACCUGCUUACAACCCUGAAAGGCCCACAUCCGGAGCGAUUCGUCCAGCUUCUCUACAUCACACCCGAAAUGUUCAACAAGAGUCAAGCCAUGGUCAGAGCAUUACAAGAUCUACACCAGAGACAAAGACUCGCUCGUAUCGUCAUCGAUGAGGCACAUUGUGUCAGUCAAUGGGGUCAUGACUUUCGACCAGACUAUAAAGCCCUGGGUGAGCUCCGCAAGCAGUUCAAGAACGUACCGGUCAUGGCUUUAACUGCAACCGCCACGGAGAAUGUCAAAGUCGAUGUUAUGCAGAACCUGGGCAUGGUUCAUGCGGAAAGGUUCACCCAAAGUUUCAACAGACCGAAUUUGACUUACGAAGUGCGGCCUAAGGGUAAAGGCCCAGCUGUCCUAGAGAGUAUCGCCGACCUCAUUCAAACGUCGUAUAGUGGGCAGGCCGGCAUCGUGUAUUGCUUAUCCAGAAAGAACUGUGAGACAGUUGCCGAGAAGCUUAGGCAGCAAUACAACAUCAACGCUCAGCACUACCAUGCAGGAAUGUCUUCAGACGAGAGGAUCGAUAUACAGAAGAAGUGGCAAGCAGGGAAAUUCCUUGUGAUCGUGGCCACCAUUGCGUUUGGGAUGGGCAUCGACAAGCCGGAUGUUCGCUUUGUCAUUCACCACACGAUCCCGAAGAGUUUGGAAGGCUACUAUCAAGAGACAGGUCGAGCUGGACGUGACGGCAAAAAGUCGGGAUGUUAUCUCUACUACGGAUACGGCGACACCAUGUCCCUAAAGCGGAUGAUUGAUCAGAGUGAUGGCAGCGAUGAGCAGAAGCUCCGACAAAGACACCUGCUUCGGAAUGUUGUACAAUUUUGCGACAACCGCAGCGACUGCCGCCGAAAGCAGGUCCUGAACUACUUCAACGAGCACUUCGAUCCGAUGGAUUGCCAGAAUGGCUGCGACAAUUGCAACUCCACCAGUACAUUCGUCACAGAAGACUUUUCUGAGCACGCUCAGCAUAUUGUGCGGCUUGUGCGGAAAAUACAUAGUGCUAACGUCACUUUGCUCCACUCUGUCGAUGUCUAUCGGGGUGCGAGGCUCAAGAAAAUCGUCGACCUCCGACAUGACCAAAUUGAAGAGUUUGGCAUGGGCAGCGACCUGGUCAGAGGCGACGUCGAGCGUUUAUUCAAUCGCCUGAUCUGGGAGGAUGCGAUUGGGCUGUCCCACCAAACCAAUCGUUCCGGCUUUACGACUGAAUACGUCCAGCCUGGACCAAAUGCCAGCGUAUUUGAACAGGGACGGAGGCCACUGAAGAUCCAGGUGCUUGCCUCGCCGCGCAACAAGGCACAAGCUCAGAUAUCAAAACCCCGAAAGACGGCCAAAGGUAAUACUGGCGUGGCGGCGGCGGCGGAUACUUAUCCGGCUUCGACAAACGUGUCGUCGCCGAUGCAAUCUCGGCCUUGCCGCAGGGCAGUUGCGCGCAGGCAGACAUCAUACUCCUCUGAUGACGAUUUUAUCGCGCAAUCUAGUGAGGAAGAAGACACCAUUGCCAGUCGCCGGGCAGUCAAGAAAGCCAAAGCGGACUCACGCAGCGCACCAAUUACAAGCGACGAAAGUAUCAGCAACUUGAACGAGAUCCAUCAGUAUAUCCUAGAAGACUUCGUCGAGAGAGCCAAAAAGGACAUUGAGCGUAUUGUGAUUGCGAAGUCCCUACGGCGGAAGCCGAUCACCGAUCAAAUGCUACGAGACAUUGCCAUCCAUUUCUCACAAACUGAGCAGGAGAUCAAGAAACGGACAAGGCUAAAUGACGACAUGUACAAGAUUUUCGGACCGAUGCUGCUUCGACUGAUCACCACUGCCUACAAUAAUUAUGAGGCCAUGAUACGGGCGCAAGAAGACCCACCGGAAGAUCCUAACCACAAGACAGUGGUGAUGAUCAGUGACGACGAAAUUGAGGGUGACGACGAUUUUGUGGAGAACGACGUUGACGUGGAUGAGAGUGAGAGUAGUCACUACUUUAGUGUAGCCGAUGAAGUCAGCCAGUUCAAUCAGCGAAUGACACAGAUACAAACAUUCGACAAGGCAUCAAAACCUGUGUCGAAGAAGUCUGAGUCGCACUCAGGAUCGGGUUCCUGGAGUCGUCGAGGAGCUCGAGAAUACAGACGUGGCGGCGGUGGUAGUGGCAAUGGCAGUGGUCCUAGAACAAAGUUGAAAGGACCAACUGGCGGUGCGAAGAAGAAACGUGGCGGUUCUAGCGCUCGUUCAAGUACCAGCACUGCAGGGUUUGAGGCUUCUGUCUACAGAAACGGUAACAGGAUCAGUCGGGGUGGAGGGGGCAUUGGGAUGAUGCCUACCUGAACCAGGGAUUUGUGGUUUGUGGAUGGGAAAGUAUCGAUAGAGCAGCUCCCAACGACACGGUUGGUAUUUUCUCUUUUAUGUCUUAUGUUUAUGACCGCUCAAUGCGUUCUGAUCAGUUCAACAUCUGGAAACAACUUAGAGGUCGAAUACACGCAAGGGGAGUCUCUCACUCCUGCCAUCUGAAUACCGGGUGACUGCUCUUUCCACACUCGAAGCGCGACCUUUUCAUUCACAUCGCAACUUCAUCUUCAACCAUCACACUUCUCACCU